UGAUCUAAACAACAAUGCCUUGACAGGGUCCAUCCCCCCCACCAUCAGCCACCUCACACGCCUGCUCCACCUCGACCCGAGUUACAACCAGCUCUCUGGUUCCAUUCCCACCGCCAUCGACGGCCUUCUCUCCAUCACCGAGCUCAACUUUAGGCUGAGAGGCAGCAUUCCUGCCGUUAUUGGCAAUGUCACCACACUGUGCGCCCUUUCUCUCUCUCUCCCGCUCUUUCCUUCUCUCGUGACCUCUCACCACCUCCACCCAACCCCCUCUUCCAACCGUAUUCUUUCUUGCUUUCCUCUCUCUCAUCUCACCUCCCUCAUCCCCUCUGCUCAUGUUGCUUUCAAUGUGAAUCCACUUUCGUUUUCCUGA